AUGGUACUCAGUCUGUACAAGACUGUUACGGAACGAGGGAGUCGGGUGGCGAAGUUAGUCGGCUAUGGGAAUGGGGUUUCCAUCGAACGGGUGCGGUUCCAAGUGGACAGAGAGGCCCUUACAAUCGACUACGCCAUUAUCCCGGACGAUGACGGCCACACUUCGCCGACGGAGCAAGAGAUUCACGUCAUCCGGGAGCAACGCAGGUUAACAAGAUCUGUGGAAUGCGUGCUACCUUCGCUGGAAGGAUGGGAGGUUCAGGUUUCCCUCAAGGCCUCCUCGGAAGAAGUUGAGCAGCUGCCCUGGUCAGCACAUGCUAUUAAAACAAAUUCCAACCCAUCUUCGACGGGACCUCCAGACCAAAUAUUGCUACGCUUCACACAUGCCGCUUUGUUGGACGACCACUCGGUACUGAAGGUGAAACUUGUAAUCGAGGCUUCGGGAGGCACACGUGGGCUACGGUUGAACGGACUUCCCAAGAAGGUUCACGACACGGAGCAGCGCGACCCUUCGUCGUAUCAAAUACCGCAGGCGAUCUUGCAAGACAUUGCCAGCGCUGCCGACUUGAGCGUCCAAACCUCUUCGUCAGUCAGCACCGUCGCCAGUGGACUAUCAACGGCCUCCUCCACCCAGACCUUCACGAAACCCAUCGUACCACGGACACCAAUGGCUGAAAAAUCCAUCCUUUCACGUGUACGGCGUAACUACAUCUACUUCUCGUCACUAUUGCAAGAGCCAGAGGCGAAGUGGAGGCGCACAACGGAAGGCCGUGGAGUGUCAAUAACGCAGCUGGACUCCAUUGAUCCAACGUUGGUGGUGUAUCGAGCUGAGGCCACGUUCGUCGGCGUCGGUCUUUGGGAUCUGUACGGCGCAGUUGUGUCACCAGGUGCAAGGGUUUACUGGGACAAGCAGCACGACGAUGCAGUUCUUUUGGAAGACGUCAAUGAACUUAGUGAGCUGUGGUACUUCAAAUCUAAACCGGCAUGGCCUGUCCAAGGGCGCGACUCUGUCGUACUCAAGACUGUGUACAAGUCCCCGAAUGUGAUACACGUCUUCGCGUUCUCGGCCGAAGACCCGCAUCUAUUCUCGAACAUCCCUCCUGUGGACCCCAACACCAUCCGAACGCAGGUGGACCUGCAAGGAUGGUCAAUAGAGGCGCUUUCUCCGACAACCACUUCUCUUACCCUCCUAGAGCAGUCCGAUCCCAAAGGAUGGACAAACAAGACGUCUAUCCCGACCAACAUGAUCAACACAUUAGCCGGCAUCGGCGAAUUUGCAAUCAAAUGUGGGGGGCCUCCCAUCGUCACGAGGCUCACUGGAGCCAAAGCAAACGAGAUGCGGUAUGAUCACGAGAAGGGCAGUUUCCGCGUCGAGUACGAAGCCUCCUCGAGCCGCCGUGCUCCCUCUUCCGAUUCCAAUUCUCCCGACGACUCUAGCCGCCCAAGUAUCGAAUGCGAGAUUCGCUGUGAUGUUGAUACGUGGGCGACUUCUCUCGACAUAGUGGUCGAUCCUCCCCCACAAACAAUGUCGUGUCUGCGACGACAUCGGCUAUCAAGUGACGGCGGCGGUUUAUGGCUCACGCUAACCCAUGAUUGUGUCUUUGUGGACGACGAGCGGCUUCUAGUACUGAUUAGGAGGGCACCUGGGAAGGAGAAGGGCCUGGUUAUGGUGAAUGGGGCGAAGAUCCAGGUGGACGUGGAGGAGAUUCCGGAGCAUGAGUUGAAGGCGUUGAGUAAACAGAAGCGGGUGAAGCCACCGAGGGUGCCGUUGGAUCAGCCCCCUGUGGUGGGUGUGGUGAGAAAGAGGAGGGCGGAGUGGAAUCAUGAGAGUACGGGAGAAGGGCCCGAAACUGUGAAGGAGUCCAGUUCGACCGGUUGGGCGUCAGCUCCUCGAAUAUCAAGUCCAUUGUCUCGUCUUCUCUCGUACGCCGUAGACCAGGCGACGACAACCACCCAGCAAUAUGUCGCGGCCAUUACCCCCGCCAACAGCACCGGCUCGUCACCGUCCGCCACAAAGCUUCCCAUGCAAUACGUCUUGGAAGCACUGGCUUGGACGCAAGACUUCCACAACUCCGCAUCCUUCCAGUCAACUUCGCCCACAGAUGGCUGGACGCUGGUCAGUGACAAGGGUGUGACAGUGCUUCGAAAGACGAUUCCAGAAGUCUCACCCAUCAUUCCUGUGCACAAAGGUUUCAAGGUCAUCGAAGGUGCUUCAGCAGAGGAGCUGGCGUCCGUCAUUGCGGAUGACAACUGUCGCAAGAUAUGGGAUGACCGGUUCGACUCUGCUCGGACCCUUGAAUCGUACGGCAACUCGUGCAGAACACUUUUCCUUACGGCCAAAGGAGGUUUCCCAUUCCGCGACCGCGGGUUUUACCUCGCAAGUGUAACUGCCCGCACUCAACCGCCUGCACCCUCCCAAACUUCCUCGGCACUUUCGAGAAGGAACACCAAUGACACUGCUGAUCAAACCAAGAACGCCCUCUUCGUGGUUCAAGCUUCGUUCAGUCCGGAAUCGAUUACGCCAUUGUUCUCAGCACACAAGUACAAUUUUUACAAUCUGCCGAUAGGGAGGAUGUACCUCGAUGCGUGGGUGUUGGAAACGUUGGACCCGUACACGACGGAGAACUAUGCCAUACCGUCGACGCGAUGUACGAGGCUGGUUGCCGUUGAUUAUGCUGGGUCAAUCCCCGCUGCCGUCAACUCGAUGAUCAACGCCAGCCUACCACACUCUAUUCUUUCCAUUGAAACCUGUUUCAAGUCCCUCUCUUCGUCACUGCCCCUAACACGCCUCCCAGCUCCCUGUGUGGUGUUGGCGGAGAAGAAGGGCGAAGAUAGACUUGCGACGGUUUCGUGGAAGCUCAGGAAGCGCGAUGAGAACCGGCUGUUACUUCAAGAAUCGUACGCGACGGACACUAAAGUUUAUCAAGCGAGCUUGCUCGUCACGAUGGCAUCAUCAACGCCAGCUUCGAUGGCGACGUCUAAUUCGACUUCGACGGUGGCGAGCAACGAGCAGAAUUCGAGUUCGGGAGGGGUGUCCGGGAAUGGGUCCCAUUCUGCACCGAAUACGGCCGGGUUGGAGGCACCGACGACGCCAAGGCUGCCGCAGAACAGGGCGUUGAGUCCUAGACCGCGUUCAAGGGCGAGGGAAGGGUCUGAAGCGACCAUUGUCCCACCUCCGGUCAUGGAACCGCCUCGGUCGCGAACGUCCUCGUCUUCGUCCAGUCACAAAUAUUUGGAGAGUAGCUCGAGCACCGAAACACUGCGGUCUGUUCGGAGCCAUGAUGCACCUCUCAACAUCAUGCCCGGAACCAUAAUGUCACCCGCUCUGCAAGUCGGUUCUCCGGGUGAUUCGCUCCUCCGGCCUUUCAGACAACGCUCGGCUUCGUCCACGGAUGGGAGAGUCUACCGUCCUUCGACGUUCCAUGCGCAGUAUGCGACAACGCCUUCCACGACAUACGGUAAUGGAAGGGCGGGUUCAUCAGUUGGGACCUCACCUCCGGCGGUAUCACAUACGAGAGGGCGAACUGUUUCGAACGCUUUCACAGCCAAAGGGGAGAUCAAGCCGCUAAAGGAUCUGGUGGUCGGGGAGAUGGUGGUGGAUACGAGGCUGUACCCUGAUGGUUACUCGGUGGUUGUGAGGUCGAGAUUGGUCAAGCGGCCAAGGAGACGGAAGGGUGCGGCUGGGAGUGAGGACGUGCAGUCUGUGGAGGAGAUUGCGAAGGAGAUGUGUCUGGAAGUUGACGGGAAAGAUAAGGGGAAAGGACGGGAAGGUGCUAAGAAAGGGAUGUUCAUCAAGUUGGGCUCGCUGGAGGUCUUGCCGCCGAAAGACUCUGUAACACCGACAUCUGCUCCUCCCAUGCACAAGGCCACUUCGACGGAUUCAACAGCGACCGUGACUUCGAAGACAAGUUCUCAAGGCGGCUUUGAAGACAAUUUCCUCCCGAUCAGUUACACGAUAUUUACGAUGCCUUCGUCUCCGUUACAUUCGUCGAGUUUAAACCCGGAGGGCGGGACUACGAGACAUUUGUUGAGGAUGACACUCCCGACAGCGCAGUACUGGUCAAGCUCUGUACGGGAUCCUUUGACAGGAGAGAUUAGGAACGGUCCGCCGAAACCAGAUUGGUUGAAGGUGUUAGAGGGUUCGCUUGAUCCGGAAACACUGCAACAGGGAGAAGGGGACACCGGCGACGACGAAUCCCGGUCAGAGAUCGAUAAUAGGCUGAAGGGUGUCGUGGUGGAUGUGGAGAUACGUCCUGUUGUGUCUGCAGAACCGGACAAAGACAAGACCAAGGGCGAGGAUAAGGAUAAGAAGCGGAAGAGGGUGAAGAAAGUCAAGGUCAACGGUCUGACUGUAUCUGUCGUCGGGGAGAAGGAAUCUCUAUCAAUUCUCGGACGCGAUGCACUUCUCAACGAGCGAACGGCCAAGAUGGUUGUGUUAUCGCGGUAUGUGUGCUUCUUCCUAUUGCCGUUCUGUCACAGCGUCUGA